AUGUCAUUAGAGCCGGAGCUUCUUGAGUUCGUUCGUAAGAUGCCAGCCUUGGAUACAGAACUCCUUACAAAUACUAUAGCCUCUACUGUUUCAAGCGAUUUUAGCCAAGACGAGUUCAUAUUUAAUAUAAUGUCUUCUAUUGAUAAGAAUAAGGUCUCAUCGUUCCAAAUUCUUAUUCUCUUAUCAUCCAUACAGUCCGAGUCUAACGUUUGCAAGCUGAUUAAAGAAGCUGCUGACAAUUAUAUCAAAUGCAUGAUCGACAUACCAACAGUCUUCCAAGAGGACUUCACAAUCUCUCUCAUUGCCGAGCACUUUGUCAAGUACGUCGUUAGCAAAUUAGUCAACUGGAACUGGGUUGAAAAAUUUAUUAAACUUGUUCUUGCCAGGAACGAAAAUAACGAGUUUGAGUCAGAAAAUAGACUCAAGUUAUUCAUCCUUUCCAUAACGAUCUUCUCUGACAGAACAAUGAAAGGAGAUGUUACAUAUGCAGCGACAAACAUCAAUUUUAUCAACUAUUUCUUAGGUUUCAAUGAUAUAAGAAUCGCUUUCGCCAACUCCCAAUACUUCGAACCCGUUAUUAAACAACUUUUAUCUCAAUCCAUCUUUCCACAUGAUAGAUUGGACAGAUGCACAGAGAUAUUCUCUGAUCCAAACGGAAAUCUCACCAAAGAGAUAAUAAAACUUGCCAAUUCGACAUUCUUCAACUAUCAUACUCAAUUAUUCGAUUUAUUCAAGAGUUUACUUGCUCCUUCAACACGCAAACAGAUUGUUUCAUUGAUGGGCAAGCUCGUAGAGUCACUCAGCAUACUCAAUAAAGACGGAAUCAUGUUUAAUAACUCUGUCAAAGCAAUGUACCUCGAAGCCAUCGGCUACCACCUCGAAUACACAUUAAUUCGCUUAGCAUUAUUUACAGAGAAGCAGGUAAACAACAUAGAUCCCCAUUAUAUCUACAAUUCUAACGCAGUUCUUCAAAUUGACGAAGAUGUGAACCUUCUUGCACCAACCGGCGAAAAUAACAAAUGGUACGACCCAAGAUCCGACUUCGGAAGGAGCUACUACAAAGAUAUCCACGAUUCUGAUCCAAUAAACUACCAAGGAAGGCUCGAUGCCGAAGAAUACGCCAAGGAAUUGGAUCAGUGCCAAAAUAAGGAUAUCACGCUCGUCAGCCAUUUCUUUUUCUUGGCAUGGAGAUGCAUCUCAUUCGUAUCUUGCUCUUUCUGCCGCAUGAUUCCUAAUCUCAGCCGCAACAUUAACCGCUCUCGCCGUACUCCAGGUCAGGACUUCGAAAUUAAGCAGCUAACCCUCGCAGUAAGUUGUUUGGAAGCACAUAUAUUAAUGGAAGACAAAUUGAUCAAUUUCAUAGAUUUCUUUAACUGCUCAUUCAUAUUCUUAAAGAAUCAGGCCAAUUACCAAGAACCGAAAUUACCAGAAAAAGUGCCACUUGAUUACAAAUUUUUACCUGAUUACAUUCUUGGCGGGUUAGUCAAUGUGAUGAACCUCAUCAUUAUGCUUGAACCACCUCAGAACCUCAGUACAAGCCUUUGUAAUCUGUCUGCGAUCUUUUCUAACUACGAUUACAUCAACUCUUUGUUUAUUAAGUCAGAUAUCGUAGAAAUCUUCGCAACAAUAUCUAAGGACCACGAAAAAUGCUUCUUGGUCUCUGGAUUACCACACAUUGCUGAACAAAUGAUCCCAUCUUUGGCAAAAUUCUUCAGUGAUGUCCAGAACACAGGAUCGCACAGCGAAUAUUACGAUAGAUUCAAUUUCAGAAACACCGCGCAGGAUUUGUUGAGAUAUUGGUUCCAAUUUAACGAAUUUAAGAAUUAUUUCGCUCAACACUGCGAUGAACAGAUCUACCAAGAUGUCGUCUUCCAUUUGGUCGAUGAUACAAUCCUCCAUUUGGGCGACAUGCAGAGACUUCUUGAGGAAUACGCAAUUAAAGACCCAGAUCCACGCGAUAGCCGCGAUACAUCCGAAAUCGAAACCGAAAAGAGUAUUUUGAGGACAACCAUCCAGACAACAGAUAAAGCUUUGAAGCUUAUUGAGAAAAUUACAAGUUUCCUCCCACAUAUCUUCAGUGUUGAAAGAGUUAUCAAGAAAUUAACCUCAUUAACACUUUCCACACUCAAUUUCCUCAUCUACAAGAACAUUAACUUCUUUUCGCAGAGAAUUAUCGGUUUCGGAUUCCAUUACAACGAUUUCUUCGAGGCAAUUGCCACAACGCUAUCCCAUUGUAUCUCCGAUGAGUACAUCUGCGCAUUCGUAAAUAACGAAGCCUUUUAUUCUAACGAUCUUGUUCAGAAAACUCUCGAUUACAUCCAGAAAAUCGGAAGUUCGACUCUUAAGGCCGAUUUUUCUAAGUUCGCCAGACUGGUAUUCGCCAAGAAAGAAGAGUUGGAGAGAAUAGACAUUCCAUGGGAAGAUAUUCCAGGAGAAUUCAACGAUCAGUUGACAGAAGACUUAAUGGAGAAUCCUGUAAAAUUACCCGAUGAUACUAUCGUUGAUCAGCUCACAUUCGAGAACUUACUUAGAACUUCAGGAAAAUGCCCUCUUAGCCAGGCACCUCUUGGAGAAAAUGAUGCGAUUCCUCUACCAGAAUUGAAGCAGAAGAUUCAGGACUUUAAGAAACAAUGGUUUGAGCAGCACAAAAAAUAA